UUCAAAGACUUCUAGCUAGCUAGGAAACCUUUAGCAUCAAAACAUUCCUCAAAGGUCCGAGUUUUGCCCAAUUAAACAGACAGCCAUGUCUAUGUGCGACGACACUCUGCUCUGCAACUACUCGAAGUGUCGGGUGAAGCUGUGUGGGUUCGCCUGGGUCACAGCCUGCUCACACGCCUUCUGUGACCAACAUGGAUCCGGAGAGUUCAGCCGCUCCCCGGCAAUAUGCCCGGCCUGCUCCUCUGCACUCUCGGGGAAGCUGGACAUCGUGCGCACUGAGCUGUCGCCUUCUGAGGAGUACAAGGCCAUGGUGCUGGCGGGACUGAGGCCAGAGACGGUGCUGGACAUAAGCGCCCGUGCCCUGGCUUUCUGGACCUACCAGGUGCACCAGGAGCAUAUGUUCCAGGAGUACAGUCUGUCCCGGGCCGAGGGUCAGGUGAAACAGAUGGAGAAGGUGCUAACCCAGCAGAACCAGAGCAGAGAGCUGGAGCUCAACGCCAUGAGAGGGGAGGUCUCCUCACUGAAGAAGGCGAUGGAGGAGUACAAGAGGAAGUACAGUGAAGUGUCAGAGCGUCUGAUGGAGAGGAACAGGCAGUACCAGAAGCUACAGGGGCUCUAUGACUCGCUGAGGCUACGCAACAUGGUGGUGGGGGACAGAGAGGCACCACGCCAGCCAGGACCCCCCGAGUUCAACACAGGGGUGGUCAGGCAGCCCUCUCCCCGGGGGAGUCCUCACUUCCUGUGCAUGGGGCCUGAGGGUGACAGCCGCCUUUUCUCCUCCCUGGAGCCCGAUGCUGGAGCCAAGACCUUCUUCCAGUUCAGCUCACCUGCCAGAGACAGGGGCCGGGCCUUACUCAAGAAAUACUGAGACUAGAAUUACAAUUCUAGAACUCCCGGAUUAGAAUGAAUAGAAUAAUUAUAUUUCUAUGACUGAGGUAACGCUGGUUAGGUACCUGGCUCCUUGAUCAAUGACAGCCUUAUCUUAGAUAACCAUCCUUAGUGUAGACUGUCAGGUUUGAUAUUCAUAUUGUAGUUGUGGUUGCCUUUUUCUUACCUGAAGUUACUGUAUCUUGAUGAAAUGCUCCAAUACAACUUUUAUGUUUGCACUUAUUUUGUCAAUAAAA